AUGAAAAUUUUGCAAUAUUUUUUACCAAUAACUAUUACUUUUGUUAUUAUUAUUUCAUUUGUAGCAUCUCAAUCUCUAGAACAAACUACUGCUACUAAUUCUAAUGUGACAACUACAGUUCCUUUAGUUCAUAAUAAAGGUAAACAUUUUGGUAAUCAUAUUGUUGAAAAUGAAAAUAAAACUCUUACUGAUAAGAGAAAAAAAUUCAAAAUUCGCAAUCAAAAUAAAUUGUAUAAGUUAAAAAAAUUACUCCUUGAAACUGAGAAUAAAAAUUCAACCAAUGAUAAGGCUAAUAAUAAUUUUAAAAAAUCAAAUGAAAGUGGUACAGAUACAGCAAGUAAUUUGAGAAAUAAAACAAAAAAUCAAUUAAUUGUUCUUCAAAAAGAACUUCGUAGAUUAACUAAAAUUGCCGAAAAACUUACAGAACUUAAUGAAAUAUAUACUGUAACAAAACAAACACCAACUAAAAAAAAGCCAGAAGGAGAAAAUAGAGGUAAAAAAAAUUUAAAUUCAAAAAAAGGAUUUAAUAAUAAACAUAAAGUUUAUCAAUCAAAAAAUCAUAAUGGAGAUAAUGAUUCAGGAAAAAAAAAUAAUGAUCAAUUGUCAAAAAAUAAAGGAAAUGAUGAUAGAAGACAAGGAAAAUGGAAAAAUGGUAGAAGAAAGAUUCAAACUACAAUGAGACCUAGUUUUAAUGGUACAACAGUUUUUCCAUUAGAUAAAGGACAUUUUGUUACAUCCCGUAUCUAUACAAGGCAACAAAAAAGAAGAUCAACCAAGAAAGGUGAUAAAAAUAUCUCUUAUACCACAUUUUCACCUAAAUUUGUAAAUACAUCUUUCCCACCAGUAACGACAGUCUUACCAGAAUAA